AUGGCUGUCCGGGAUGACCUCGAGACGGCGUUGUCUCUUCGCUCCACAACAUCCCGUGAUAGCACCGCACUCGAAGAUGGAGCAAGUUUCUCCCAAUCAUCCACGUCUGAGAGCGAAAAGACAGAGGACAUCCUCGACGGCCACCGUCCGUGUUUGCGUGAAAUUAGAUCUCACGCUUCAAGGACAAGAUGCCGAAGCAGCCACCAGGAAGAGUCGGGCACGAUGAUGAGUCUGGCGCCUACGCCAUCACGAAUAGAAACCAUCAUCUCGCGCAUUCGAUCACGCCCGAUCCCGGAAUUCUCUCAUCCAAUGGUCAGCAUGCCUACAUCGGAGGAUUACCUUGUUGACUUUGAUGGGGCUGGAGACCCAUAUCGGCCAUUAAACUGGCCCACGCAUAAGAAGAUCAUUACUACACUCCUGUACGGCUUGAUCACCAUGUCAGCAACGUGGGCUUCGUCAUCGUACUCAGCAGGCACGGAACAGAUCGCCAAGGAAUUCCACGUGUCGACACAAGUAGCCACUCUAGGCACGACGCUAUAUCUCUUCGGUUUUGGAUUGGGACCUUUGCUUUGGGCUCCGUUAAGCGAGGUGUAUGGCCGAAGGAUACCAGUGCUUACACCCAUGUUUAUUGCUAUCUGCUUCAGCUUUGCCACAGCGACGGCGAAGGAUUUGCAGACGAUAAUGUUGACGCGAUUUUGGGGUGCUUUUUUUGCUUCGGCACCUAUGACCAAUACUGGAGGUGUCUUGGGUGACUUAUUCUCACCAGCUUGGAGAGGUGUUGCUCUAGCUGGAUAUUCAAUGGCAAUUGUUUGCGGUCCUGCUCUUGGGCCGGUUAUAUCUACCAUAGUUGCACAACAACCUUCUUUGGGUUGGCGAUGGACCGAGUAUCUCACGGGUAUCAUUCAAUCAGUCAUUCUUCUAAUUGGUGCUAUUUUCAUCGAUGAGAGUUACCCACCCCUGCUUCUCAUCUACAAAGCCCAACAUCUACGUCACGAAAGCGGCAAUUGGGCACUUCAUGCGCAGUUUGAGGAGUGGCAGAUCAAUUUUGGACAACUGGCACGAAAGUUUCUCGUUCGCCCAAUACAGAUUCUCUGCACACCGAUUUGUCUUCUUAUGACAUUAUAUGCUAGUUUCUGCUACGGCAUUCUAUAUAUGCAACUAGGUGCGAUUCCUAUCAUAUUUCAAAAGGUACGGGGCUGGGAUCCAAUUCCAGCUGCUCUGCCGUUUCUAUCGAUCAUCAUCGGGGCGGCUUUUGGUUGUGGUAUCAACAUCUACAACCAAUUUCGCUAUAAUAAGGCCUACUUUGCAGCAGGAAACAAGGCUGUUCCAGAGAUGCGUUUGCCGCCUAUGAUGUUAGGUUCGUUUCUAUUCUGUGGAAGCCAGUUCCUCAUAGGCUGGACAGCUGAACCUGGUUCCACAUGGGUUGCUCCAUGUAUCGGGUUGAUAAUGCUGGGCAUGGGAUUUUUUACCAUCUUUCAAGCAGCACUCAACUAUCUUGUCGACACAUUUCAGGCUUAUGCAGCUUCGGCAAUCGGAGCAAACACCUUUCUGAGAUCAUGUUUUGCUGGGGCCUUGCCACUCGUUGUAGGUCCGCUGUAUCACAACCUCGGUGUUGGUCCUGGAUCAAGUAUUACAGGAGGAGUUGCGGCAUUAUUGAUUCCUGUUCCUUUUGCCUUUUAUGUUUAUGGGAAGGACUUAAGGGCUGCCUCGAAGUGGUCCAAUGGGUCCAUCAUUUUCUAG